AUGAUGUUAACCCAAUUUGCCAUUGAGUACAAGCCACGCCCGACCAUCAAGGGACAAGCAUUAGCCGACUUCAUCGUCGAAUGCACUGCAAGGGACCUGGAGCCUGACCGACCGACUGCCCUAGAAGAACCCUGGUGGGAAGCCUCCACUGACGGAUCGUCCAGCAAGAAAGGGUGUGGGGGAGGAAUCGUGCUUACAUCUCCUGAAGGCUUCAAAGUGUAUCAAGCUCUAAUCUUCAAAUUCCGACUCACCAAUAACGAAGCGGAAUACGAGGUACUCAUAGGCGGUCUACGGCUGGCCAAGCAGAUGAAGGCCGACCGACUGCGAUUACGGUCAGACUCCCGAUUGAUAAUUGGACAGCUCUCUAAUACGAUCGAAGCAAAGGAAGACCGGAUGAUACGAUACAAAGACAUCGCACUUGAGUGGUUGCAGCAGUUUGACAAAUAUGAGAUGAUUCAAGUACCAAGGGCGGAAAACACAGAUGCCGACAUGCUAUCCAAAUUGACCCAGGAAGCUCCCGAAUACGUGUCAAAGAUUGCUCGGGUCGAAGAAAUUGUAACGCCUAGCAUCGACAUCAUCGAGGUUCGACCGGUCGAGAUAAGCGAGCCUGACUGGAUGUACUAUCUGAAAGGAUACAUAACCGAUGGCACCCUACCGGACGAUCCUGCACGAGCAAAGAAAGUCAUAUUGCGGGCACCCCGAUUCCAGUUGAUCGACGGUAAGCUCUACAAACGAUCGUAUGGCGGACCACUCCUGAGGUGUUUGACCAGCGAUGAGGCUAAGAUUGUGAUUGAAGAAGUUCAUGACGGAAUCUGCUCGGCCCACCAAGGACCAAGGACGCUAGCGCAAAAGAUUGUCUUGUUAGGUUACUACUGGCCCUCUAUGAAUUUGGAUUGUGAGCAGUACGUGCGGCGAUCCGCUAUAUGCCAAGAAUUCCACAAGUUUCCCAGUCGACCAGCGACCUACUACCAGCCGGUCAGCGAGGUAAUUCCAUUCGCAAGAUGGGGAGUAGACUUGAUUGGUGCAUUCCCAAUGACGGCCGGUCAAAAAAGUACGUGA